GAGAGAAAGGGGAGGAGGAAUAGGGAGCUGCAUCCCUCUCUUGCAUCAGCGUCAACAUCACUGCCACGCCAGCCUUCGUCACCGGAAAACAACGAGGAAGAUCAUCGCACAACUGAGCUAAAAAAAAAAAAAAAAACACCAUCAGCAGCUCCUCCUCCUCCUCCACCAGACAUACAUCCACAGAUUGGGCAAAAAAGGUUGUACCUUCCCCAGGCACAGGCAUCUAAAAGCUCCCUCAGACAGGAGGAGCUCUCCCAGGCAUGACCUGAGAGAAGAAAUAGGAAGCCAUUUGACACUCUCUACCAACAUGGGCAACCAGGAGGCUAAGCAAAAGAAAGCUGCAGCGGCAUCUGGUAAUGGAAGCUACCCUUCACUGGAUGAGGGAUGGAAAGAGGGAGGAGGGGACGUGACAAAAAAAGGAGGAAAGAAACUGGGUAAGCAUGGAGGCAAAGGAGCAGGCAGCAGUGGAGGAGGAGGAGGAGGAGGGGGGGUGCAUGGCACAGGACCAGGAAAGAAGAAGAACAAAUCCGAGCCCAAGUCCUCUGUUUUCUCCAUCCGGAAAAGAAAGGGAAACCUGAAAGGGAAAGGAGACGCAUGUUCUUCAGUAACAGGCUCAAAGGAAGACGUUUUAGCAUCUCAACAUGAUGAACUGGACAACACAAAAACACCUGAAAUGUCUGCAGAUGAGCUUGGACAGUCGGACACUGAGGUUGCUCUCCCUGAAAAGAAAAAGAAACAAGAGCAUGAUAAAAAGCAUGGAGAUGGAAGAGAGCAGGAGAUGCAGCGGAAAGCCUCGACAGCAGCAACAUCUCCCACAGAGGAUGGAGGUCAGAAGGGAGGGAGCUCGGGGUCAGACACAGACAUCUACAGCUUCCACUCAGCAGCUGACCACGAGGAUUUGCUAGCAGAUAUCCAGCUCGCUAUCAAGCUCCAGCACCAACAGCAGCAUGGAGGGGUUAUUUCAAUUAUGGAAGCACAGAAAGGAGGAGAAAGGGAUUUCAGCUGGAGAGGAGAAGAAGAGAGGAGCAAGCAGAGUAAUGGGGUAGUUAAAUUAACUCCUCCUGAGGUUCUUGACCUAACCCCAGAAUUAGAACUGGGAUCUGAUGCCCUGUCAUUCCUAGAGACGGGAACUCUAUCUGGCUCUGUCAAGCACAUGGACCAGCCCACAGCACUACACAUCCCCUUCCCCACUGAGGUGAACGAAAGGAGGGAGGAGAAGGAGAAGGAGGAGGAGGAGGAGGAGGCCGAAUAUCCGGAGUUAAAUGGGAAGGGGGAGAGGGAGAGAGAAGCCUCUCUUUGUGUUGCCACGGGCACAAAAGACCAGCAUGCUUGGCUGCAGCAGUCCCCUCACACAGCCAUCACUAUGACUACUGCAGGGGGGGCAGCAGUCAGCCCGGUCACCAUGACAACCAGUGGUAACAGCCUUCCUGAUCUCACAUUUGACAGCAAGGGGAAAACUCCAGGGGAUAACAAGGAAGCAGGAGGUGAAACUCAGGAGGUUGAGGGGGAGCUUGAGGCAGAUAUGGAUCACAGUCCUCCAACUAAAGACAGCCACAACAAAAGUCCUGAACCCUCUGAAGGUCUGACCUCAGGGACUGUGUUUGAAGAAGGUGAGGAUCGCUUGGGCUCAGGCACCAGUGCAGAGUCCCUUGAGGACUGCUUGAGUGCUGGAUCUGAAUCCAACCACUCUGCUGCAGCCAGCACUGGCAUCUCCCCCUCCAGUCAGCAGUGCAGGAGGAGUAGUGUGUGCUUCAGCCCACUGCCUCCCCAGGAGAGCCCCACACUGGCCAAACGACUCCUCAGGUCCGCCCACUCAACCUCAAGCCCUGUGGUGAAACCCUACCCUCCCAUCUUUCCUUCCUACAUCAAGACCACCACCAGACAGCUCAGCUCCCCAGGACAGUCCCCAGCCCUGUCCCCCUCCCACAGCCCCCUGUCCCCGCGCAGAGCCCACCAUCACCUCCACAGGACGAUGGCUGAGGGUCACCGAAGUCGCAGACAGCGCUCUCGAAGCCUUGCUGGGCCUCUGAGUCGCUCGGCUGACUGGACGGAAGAACUUGACAGGCGGCUGAGGAGCAGGGAGGAGGAUGGAGGAGUCUCUGAAGGUUCACGGGAGUAUCUGAUGGGUUACAGAGGAGGAGGCAGCCAACCCAUCUGUGCUACCACAAGAUCCUCCUGUGGACAGGUUUCCACCUGCGGCUUUCCGGAUGUAUUCACAGGUCGAACUCUCCUGGAGAAGCUGUUCUUGCAGCAGCAGCAGGAGGAGCCGGAGGAGGCUGAGAGGCUCUGCUCCAGGAUCUUGGCCAUGGGUCUUCUGCUGCCUUUCACGGACUGCUUCAGAGAGCAGCUGGGAGGUAGCACUGCCCACAUCAGUGCCACAGCGUCAGCCAAGUUUGAGCAUGACCAGCUGUACACGUGGGCAGCAGUGAAUCAGCCAACUCAUUCUCUGGAUCCUCUUGAUGGGAAACUUCCAGGGCAGUUGAAGGGCCCAUGGCUUCCAGCCAGGCCAGGCGGAGACAAUAGGGCUGGACUCAAAUCCUCAGAGGCAGAGGACAAUCAAGAACACCACACAGCCACCUUGGGAUUGAGGCCACAACAGAAAGAGAACCAAGAGGAGGAGUGUGUCCUUCCUUCAACAAAGCUGAAGGAAAAACACGUCAAUGUCAUCCAGCAGCUGGAGCAAACCAUAGAAGACCUCAGGACUAAGAUUGCUGAGCUGGAGCGACAGCCCCCUCUGCUGGACAGAGACAGUAUGAAACCCAACACCUCUACCACAGACAGGGAGUGUGGAGGGGAGGAGAGUCUGCUGAGGGAUAUGUGUGAUGCUCACCUCCAGACUGAAACGGCUCCUGCUGUGGGCAGCCUGGAGGCCAAGUCAGUGCAGACCUCACCCAUGGAGGACAGCUUUAAGUUCAAAGUGCCUUGUAGUGAGCCAGGUGGAGUGAAUGGCAUGAUGCAGCCUCCACCCAGGCAGGAUGGCUUCCAGUGUUCAUGUCAGCUGCAGCCUCCUCCACCUCCUCUUCCAGGAAGAGCAGUGCCUGUGCAUCCUUUACCAGUACAGACUGUGGUACCUCCUCCUCCUCCUCCUCCUCCUCCUCCUCCUCCACCUCCACCAUUACCAAGUGGCUCAAUGCCAGCUCCUCCACCUCCACCGCCAUUACCUCCUGGUUCAGCAGUUCCUCCACCCCCACCUCCUCCUCCUCCACUUCCUGGUGGUAUUGCUCCACCUCCUCCUCCUCCUCCUCCUCCGCUUCCUGGUGGUCUUGCUCCACCCCCACCCCCUCCUCCUCCUCUCCCUGGCGGCAUUGCUCCACCUCCCCCUCCUCCUCCAUUACCAGGAUUAGGAGGCCCACCUCCUCCACCACCACCACCUCCAGGCUGUGGUCCUCCUCCUCCUCCUCCUCCACCAGGAGCUAUCUGUGUUCCCCCAGCUCUUCCAGGGGCUCUAGGCUCCCUGCCUCCUCCUCUGCCAUUGGGGCUGUACGCUCUGGGUCUGACCCAGGAGAAACCACCCAGGAAGCCUGUGGUGGAGCCUCCCAGACCCAUGAAACCCCUCUACUGGACAAGGAUCCAGCUGCACUCCAAAAAGGAGGUUUCUUCUUCGUCUGUGUGGGAGAAUAUUGAAGAGCCUGAUGUGGACUUUGAGGAAUUUGUUGAGUUGUUCUCCAAAACGGCUGUGAAGGAGAAGAAGCAGCCACUCUCUGAUACGAUCACUAAGUCCAAGGCCAAACAGGUUGUGAAGCUUUUAAACAACAAGCGUUCUCAGGCAGUUGGAAUACUUAUGUCCUCCCUGCAUCUUGACAUGAAAGAUAUCCAGCAUGCUGUCCUGAAUUUGGACAACACAGUAGUUGACCUGGAGACCCUGCAGGCCCUGUAUGAAAAUAGGGCACAACAGGAGGAGCUGGACAAGAUCGAAAAGCACAUCAAGUCCUCAAAAGACAAAGAGAAUGCCAAACCUCUAGACAAACCUGAGCAAUUCCUUUACCAGCUCUCGCUGAUCCCAAACUUCUCUGGCAGAGUCUUCUGCAUUCUUUUCCAGUCCACCUUCUCUGAGUGCAUGUCGUCCAUAAUGAGAAAACUGGACACACUGCAGAGGUUAUGCAAGGCGUUGCAGGAAAGUGAGACGGUGAAGCAGGUUCUAAGUCUGAUUCUGGCCUUUGGCAACUUCAUGAAUGGUGGUAACCGAACGAGAGGCCAAGCUGAUGGCUUCACCCUCGACAUUCUGCCCAAACUUAAAGAUGUAAAGAGCAGUGAUAGCAAGAAAAGUCUUCUGUCUUACAUUGUUGCAUACUACCUCAGGCACUUUGAUGAGGAUGCUGGUAGAGAGACUUGUGUGUUCCCACUCCCCGAGCCUCAUGACCUGUUCCAGGCUUCACAGAUGAAGUUUGAAGACUUUCAGAAAGACCUGACACGACUCAGGAAGGACCUGAGAGCGUGUACAACAGAAGUAGAAAAGGUGUGCAAGGUUUCGGAUGAGGAUAACUUGCAGCCUUUCAAAGACAAGAUGGACAACUUUCUUGCCAAAGCUAAAAGUGAAGUGGAGACCCUGGAACUUCAACUCAGCAGCACUCACAAAAUGUUCCUCGAACUCACAGUGUUCUACUCAGUGAAGGCCAAGGCAGGAGAGAAGGAAGUUUCACCCAACACUGUCUUCUGCAUCUGGCACGAGUUCUCCUCUGAUUUCAAGGACCAGUGGAAGAAGGAGAACAAAGCCAUUCUCAAAGAGAGAUUAAAAGCAGCAGAAGAGUGUUUCCGACAAGCUAAGGAAAAGUCUGCCUACAGCGUCAAACCCAAACACGCAACUGGCAUUAAAGCCAAGCUUGGCAUGAAGAUUUGACUGAAUGGACUUGGGAUGCAGGUUUACCUGACUUUGGUCACCAGCAGUGAGUCAAAGAGUAUGAAAGUAUGAAGAGGAGAGAAGAGAAAGGUGAACGGACAGUACAAAUGUGAAUGCAUGUAUGUGCAGCUGAGCCUACUCUAUGUCUUGUCGCGUUUAUUUAUUUUUCCAGUUCGUUUGGUCUGCUCUUGCAGCCUUACAUUGCUGUCCUCUCCAUCUGUCUGUUCACUGAAUCCACACAAUCGUGGAAUGAUGCUCCUGCAGGACCACUUCAAUAACACCAUACUGUCUUUGCAGCCUAUACCCCUACAUCCAUGAAGUAACAAAUGUCACACUUAAACGCCGAAUAGUAAAGUCAAACAGUAACCCUAAACUGUUUAAGGAGCAAUAAAAAUGAGGCAUGUGAUGUAAUGAAUGGCAUAAUUAACAAUGGCCAUCAUCUUCAGCCCUGAUGAGUUAUAAAAAGUAACAUUUAUUAAUCAUUGAGGGAUGUAAACACACUUUGGACAGGUGUCAGUCAUCAACACAACAAAUAACUAGCGUAUCUUUUUACUGCACAACCAAACAAAUGUAGGCUGAUAGCAUUAAUGAUGUCAUGUUAUCUUAAUAAUUCAAGACACAGUGUCUUCACACAUGUUAACUCAUGAUCAGGUGUUGUUUUCCACAUGAAGGAUGCACACAGUGACUUUUGUCCUGAAUGCAUCAUUUCCUGUGAAGUGCUUGUAGGUUUGAGGAGAAUGGACACUGAAAAAGAAUGCGGAAAGUUUAACACCACCCAUGUCAUAAGUUGAAUGUGUAAUUUCAUUAUUUGUGUUUUGUUUUUGGAAAACAGUGUUUCCUUCUGCCCAGAUAUAAACUCUUUCAUUUGAUGCUAAAACUGGUUGUUUGACAGUUCAGAAACCUGAAGUACACUGGAUAGUUGUAACCAAAUGUAGGAGGCAAAACAAGAGCAUCAGUUUCAAUAGCCAUUAUUCAGUAGCCAAAAGUCUGACUAAGAUGUAAACUCAUCUUUUUCCAAAGCACUAAUAUUUCCCCAAAAGAUAUGGUCAUCAUGGUUCACCAUUGGAUGUCAGCAUGAUUAUGCAUUACCAUGUGUUUAUUUAAUUAAAUAUUAAAAAAAUAACUUCAAAUUUAAAUUUAAAAACUAAAUAUUUCUAAAAAUGUUUAUUAUUAAAACCAAAUUUGGGUAUUGUUCAGCUUUGGUAUGGAGAUUGUUUUUGUUCGUUUGUUUGUUUUUGUUUUGCUUUGUUUUGUGAAGCAUAUCCAGCAAAUACACAGAGCCGGCCCAGCUUGUCUGUAUAAAUAUCUUGAAAUGUCAGCAGGUAUGAAAGGGCAAGAGUGACUGGCAUUGAUUAGCUGCACUUACAAACAAUCACUGAUAUAAUCUUGUUAUAUUGUACAAAUGUUACUGACAAUAACUUCAGAAUGCUGCGUUGAAAGUGUCAGAAGUCUGAGUUAUGCCAGACAACAGCCAUAGACACAUCCUUUCAUCCUUUUAAAUGCCACCGUAAAUCAUCACAUCACAUUUGACACACUACCACAACGUCGCUUGCGAUUCUACAUCCUGACUGUCUACUCAGAUUUAGGAUCUCAGUAGAAAAUCAAACUCAGUAUGCAUUUGUACAGUGUUGAUGGACAGGAGAAGAAUGCCAAUGUAAAUUCCCAUGCAUAAUUUUAAUGUAUGUUCAAUGAUAUGCCAUAAUUGUACCACAAAAAACACAUAUAAGUGUGUGUGCGCAUGUGUGCGUGUGUGUGUGCCAUCUUUGUGGUUGAAAGCUAUGUGAUGAAGGGUGUGUAUAGUGCAUUGAAUUACAGCUAUGAAAUUGCAGGACUAAUGACUUUAUCAGUGUAACAUAAUAAAUUGUUAAAAAAUUAUUGUGAGACACGUUUUGUGUUUCUUUCAUUGAUGUCCUUUUCUCCUGGUCAUUAUGAUGCUGUCAAUGAGAAUUUGACUACAUUUUAACAGUUUCCUGUGCAAUAAAUGUUUGUGUAUACAUGUACAUAAAGAGGAUGCACGAGCAGUGUAAUUUGUGUAAAAUAAAGAGAAUGAAUUCUGAAUUAUUUUGGUUGGUAUUUAUGUAAUA